UCCAGAGCCAGGUCAACUUCUUCCAGCCUGCCCCAAACGCUGUACAAGUGGACACCCCCAAGAAAAAGGUUUUGGGCCAUUCUGCUGCUGGGAACUUGAUAUUUUCAAAGGUGGCCUUGGGAAAAGAUGCCAUGAGAUUUGAACCRGAUAUGGCUAAGGAUGCACCAAGCCGGGAAGCAAAAGAAGAGCAGAAGACAAUGAAACUAGUCCCUGGGGAGAUAGAGGGAGCCAAGAAAGAGAUGCUUGCAAAACCAGCCCCUCGGGUGGARGAAACUAAGAAGACAAUAGCAAGACCAGCCUCUGGAGUGGAGGGGGGCCAAGAGCAGAAGAUGGUGAGACCAGCCUCUAAAGCAGAAGCAGGCAAGAACGAGUCAAUGUCAAGACCAGGCUCUGGAGUGGAGGGAGMUAAGGAGAAGAUGAGUGUGAGACCAGUCUCUGAAGUAGAAGGGGGCAAGGAGAACAGUGCAUCCAAAGAAAAAGCAAAGCCAAAAGAGCCUCUUGCUUCAACAAAAGCCAGUGGCUUAAGACCUACGACUCGGGCUGCUGCAGUGACAGAAAAGAAAAGACUGAAAGCUGCUGAUUUCAAAUCUGAGCCACAAUGGGAUUUUGAGGACCAAUAUGUUCUGGACAGCUCAUCGCCAUCAUCGACCUGCUCUGACUCGGUGAGGGCCAAAGUUGCCAAAUCUGCCUGGCUGCGAGAUCUUUUCCUGCCCAACAUCACGAUUUUCACAGAUAGGAGAUACUUCAGUGAUAGCGAGUGGAACCGCCUGGAGCAUUUUGCACCCCCAUAUGGCUUCAUGGAGCUGAAUUACUCCUUGGUGAAGGAGGUCAUGUCCUUGCUGCCUCCAAACCCUCACCAGCAGCUUCUCCUGGCCAACCGCAGCAGCAAUCUGCCAAGCUGUAUCAGCUGCGCCGUUGUGGGGAAUGGAGGAAUUCUGAAUAACUCCGGCAUGGGCCAGGAGAUUGACUCCCAUGACUAUGUCUUCCGGGUGAGCGGGGCCGUAAUCAAGGGUUACGAAAAAGAUGUCGGAACAAAAACCUCAUUUUAUGGAUUCACAGCGUACUCCCUGGUGUCCUCUCUCCUGGUCUUGAAUCAUAGGGGGUUCAGCAAGAUUCCUAGGGGAAAACAUGUCAGAUACAUUCACUUCCUGGAGGGUGCUAGAGACUACGAGUGGCUGAAGGCUCUUCUGGUCAACGGAGAAACCAAGAAAGGAGUCCUGAAUCACUACGGGCAAAGGCCCCGAGAGAGAUUUGAUGAAGAUUUCAAGCUGGACAAAUACCUGGUGAUUCACCCUGAUUUUCUCAGAUAUAUGAAAAACAGGUUUUUGAAAUCCCAAAAUCUGAAAAAGUCCUACUGGCGGCUCUACAGACCCACAACGGGGGCCUUCCUGCUGCUUACUGCCCUUCAUCUCUGUGACAAGGUGAGUGCCUAUGGCUACAUCACAGAGGGUCACCAGAAAUAUUCAGAUCACUAUUAUGAUAAGGAUUGGAAACGUCUGAUCUUCUACAUCAACCAUGACUUCAACCUGGAAAAGGAAGUGUGGAAAAAGCUCCACGAUGAGAAUAUCAUGAAACUCUACCAGAGAUCCUGAUUGUGUCUCAAGUGCCAUUGCUUGGGAUAUCUCAGCAACACUUCAGGGGAAAAGGAGGAGUAUUUCUAGAGCUAGGCUUAGCUCUGGACUACAAGGUACAUUUUCAUCUGUACAAAGAUGCUUUGGAUACCUGCUUUGUGAUAUUUCCACAAUAAUGGAAGUGCYGCUGGUCAGGAAAAGAACAGCCAACAAAUGCAGCAGGUCAGCAAAGACGUCCCCAUCUGACUCUGUUUUAAGACCCAUUGUGGAUGCUUGUAGGCUCUGGUUUUGGAAUGGAGGAAUUCAGAAUGGAUCUGAGUAGCAGUUGGUCCAGUCUCCUGCAUCUUCAUCCAAGUUUACCCUCUUUGCAACAAGGUGCUCCUC